AUGCUAGAUACCGCCAAGUCCGUCAGCGACAGCAUCCGCAUUGCAGAGGGUGUGUUGGCUACUCUGGACACCAAGCCCGAGAAGAUGAAGGCCGCUCUCGACCCUCUCAUGCUGGCCACUGAUCUUGCGGACAAGGUAAUCCGCAAGAGCGUCCCCUUCCGAGAGACCCACCACAUCUCGGGCCAGGUCGUUGCCCUGUCAGAGAAGACUGACAACCCCAUGGACAAGCUCACCUACGAGCAGCUCAAGGGCAUCGAUGCUCGCUUCGAGGAGGACAUCGCCGAGUCUUUCGACUGCGAAGAGAGUGUCGAGAUGCGGUCCGCCAAGGGCGGUACCAGCAAAGACAGCGUGCUUCAGCAGAUCCGGGUCCUCAAGCAGGCGUUGAGCGAGUAG